AUGUACACCGUAACACUGGAGACAGUUCUGGCGAUUGCGACCCUUCCAACUCAUGAGGAGCUUUUGGAUGCCAACCUGCUCUGUGAGUUUCAUGAGGAGCUGGGUCACGCUGUAUUUGUCUCUCACCAGUGGGUAAGCUAUCAUCAUCCUGACCCACAUUUUCAGCAGUUCAGAAUUCUGCAAAAGAUGCUGAGUGGCCUGCUGUCCGGAGCCUGCAAGGUGGUUGGUCCAAUCCCAAAUGAGAUAUAUUGGGGGCGCAUGAAGGUACCAACUGUGGCUACCUUCAGAAGCAAGCAGCUUUAUGUUUGGUAUGACUAUAUGAGUGUUCCGCAGGGGAGCGAUCCAGAAUGUGUAGCAAGAAGGCAUGCUGCCAUUCGCAGCAUCCAUACAUACGUCGCGGGAUCCUUUUUCUUCUUCAUCUUGUGCCCGCCGGUGCCGCAUGCAGAAGAAGACGUCCGUCUGACUAGCCAGACGUGGAGCCAGCGUGGCUGGUGCCGCUUGGAAAGAAUGGCACGGGCUUUGGGACGUGCUGACGGCUUCAUGAUCUGCGUUGAAGAUGCAACUACCCCGAAGCUUGUGGGAACGGUCCCGCUAGCCCUGCACAAGGCUCCUGGCAGGGGAGACUUCACUAUACCAGAAGACAAGGAGUGGAUUGCCCUUGUGCUGGUUCGAAUGAUACAAAGAAAGUUGAAGUAUUUCCUGGAGUGUAAGGACCUUCACAACUACAGAUUUUUGCUGAACGUUCAACAUCAUUACCUUGAUGGUCUUAGCCUGCAAUGCAUAGAGGGAUUGCUUCCCGCUGCUCGGGCCCAGAUUGAUCCUCUCACAAAUCCUAUUGAGUUUACCACCGCCAAGUUCUUGCAUGAGACUGCCUUCACGCAUGUUUCACAGGUGGAUGCGGCAGGGUGGUCACCGUUGUGCUAUGCAGUAGUCAGGGGUGAUGUUGAAGUAGUGCAGGCACUUUUGAGCAGCAGGGCUCACUGCCAAGAUGUGGUGAAGAAAGCGUCUGUGGACAAGUUUAUUGCCCCGAAGCUUCCAGUGUUGUCUUUGGCUGCCGCAUACCACAGCAACGACGUCAUGAAGCUGCUCUUGUCAUACCGUGCAAACAUCAAUGCCCGUGACGGCUUUCGUGCUUGCGCUCUAAGCCCUGCUGGUCUGUCUGACAAUGCAGCUGGUGCCCGCAUCCUCCUUGAGGCCAAAAUAGACCUUAACAUCCAUCCACUGCCUGGAAUACAUCCAUUUGCAGCAGCGGCGGCAUGCAACUCUCUAGCAUACAUGCAGGAAAUUCAGACGCAUGCACAGCUGGACCUCAGCAGCUGUGGCAACAGCUGGAGUUUGAAAUUCUGCCUGCCAUUUGCGCUGAUAGCUGGGUGGCCGGAUGACAAGGUCAUCUCAUAUCUGAUCGUGGCGAGAGCGGAUGUCAACCAGCAGCUCAGUUUGACAAUGAAGGAACCACUUUGGUGGCUAUUCUUCAAUGGGCACCGCGCGCGACACUUCGUUAGCCCCUCCCUUCUGACUCGCCUUUGUUAUCAUCACAAGUCCGCCACCCCGUUGAUGCUUAGCAUUCUGGCCGGCAGGCCUGAAGUUGUAUCUGUCCUGCUGCAGGCAGGUGCGCGAUUGGAUCUCAAGAAUUCAAGAGGCAGAACGGUCGCUGAUUUUCUUGAUGACAUAAGUGUUCCCGAGUGCCUUGCAUCAGUGCUUGUCAGCUGCGCACAGGACUGUGCAGACAGUGACUCGAACGAUUGCUUUUCCGUCUGA